AUGGACAUGUUUUCUAACAUCUCUGCUGAUGUGUUUCCUUUUAUGGAGCCAGUGAACGGGUUGUCCUUGUCGUUUCGCAUUACUGCCACCACGACGCACGUUGCCAUUUUCAUACUGGGAGUGUCUGGUAAUGCCCUGCUUAUCAUGGUGGCACACAAGUCCAAAUUUCUCAGACAUCCUAUGUAUACCUAUUUGGUGUCCAUGGCUUAUUCCGAUCUACUAGUGUGUUUAACGGCCAUUCCGGAAGCUAUUGUUGGGUACCAUUUCGAAAAUCAGUGGUUUCUCGGCCCGGUGGGCUGCUCCGUUUUCGUCUUCCUCAAUUUCUUCGGGAUCAAUUCCGGGGUCGCCAGCAUGUCCAUGAUGACCUUCGAGCGCUUCCUCGCCAUUUGUCGCCCCUUGUUGGCCCGGAAAGUCUGUACCGUAGAGCGGACGCGCAAGAUCAUCAUCUACUUAUGGCUCUUCGCCGCCGUUUACUGCUCACCGUGGCUGGGUUUGACAGUCGUGAAAGCCAUCGAAGGCACAGAUCGGGAGAUCUGCGAUUUUCGCUUAACGCAAGCGUACUACAUGACGAUCUUUGGAGCGGAUUUGUUACUGUUUUAUUUCACUCCGUUGUUGGCAGCCGCGGUAAUGUUUGUACGGAUCGUCGAAACUCUGCGAAAGCGUGAGGCGGAGAUUGAGGGAUCCAUUAGCGCAGCGGAAGGCUUGAAAUUUGGCAGGAAGUCAACAAUACGGGAAAAGGAUGAGCAAGAGCAGCUCACGUCCGCUUUGCCUAACACUGUCAGCAGUAUCACUAGCGGCAGCGGUCACAGCUCUACGUCCAAUGGAAUUGAAUCAAAAUUUCAGCACAGAAAAAUUAGGGCACGUAUACAGGUUGUGCGAAUGCUUUUUGCGACUGUACUGAUAUUUGCCAUUACCUGGCUGCCAUUCCGUGGUUUGCUAAUGUACAACACUUUUGCGGCCACGCCAUGGCUCAACGAAUGGUACUCCUUUUUCGCCAAGACACUCGUCUAUCUGAACUCGGCGAAACGCGCUGAUCGUCCAGAAGAGCCAGUGGUACUUCGAUGUCUGGUGACGACCUGCCGCGCACCUGCUGACGCCUAUGUUCGAGAAACACCGAAAAAUGGUGUGGUGCUAAUGGCCAGCCUCAUCUCGGCCGCGGCGUCUCGUGGUUUUGCCAGAACAUGCACGGCCACCGGGAUGGAAUGUGUGUGUAUGCGCAUGCGCAUGUAUGCCAUCGCAGACUCCUGA